AGUCCCUAAGGUAACCACGUGACCACACUCAAACUCACUCUUUCUGAACUAAAGACAAUUUGGUUGAAAUUGAAAAGUGAAAACCAUACUAAGUUAACUGAAUACAACAUCGAUUUAACUUGUUAUUUUGAUUAUGGCUACUUCCGGUGUUCGCGGUUUUUCUGAAGGAUUCUCCAGGGGUGGUAGAGACCGAGGAGGAUCUGGCGGAAGAUUUCAAGAAUCAGAUUCCUAUGUUGCUCCUUAUGCUGAUCAACCAUCACGAUUUGAACCACCAUACCAAAUUUAUGUCGGAAAUUUGCCUCCCAAUACUGUACAAGGCGAUAUUGACGUUAUCUUUAAAAGUUUAAAGAUUAGCACUGCUCGUCUGGUUCGUGACAAAGAAACUGAUAUUUUCAAAGGCUAUGGCUUCGUUGAAUUUCAUGAUGUAGAAUCAUUAAAAAAAUCUCUCGAACUCGAUGGUGCGGAAUACUGUGGUCGAGUUUUGCGUAUACAUCCAUGUGAUAAUAAACGUAAAGAUCAAAACCGAAAUCAGAGAGGAGGUUUCGAUCGCAACAGGGGAUCGCAGGGGAACAUGAACAAUCGAGGUAGAGGCACCGGUGGUUUUGUACCACAAAAUCGCGGCAACUUCUUCAAUGACAGAGAAGAAGGAAGAGGCGGUUUUGAUAAUAAUAGGCGUGGGGGUUAUAAUGAUAGAAAUUAUAAUGACCGUGGAUUUAGGGGUAGAAGCUUCGAAGAGCGUGGUAAAAAUAAUUUUGGAAACCGAUACGGGGGUAAUCGUAAUUUCAACAACCGAGAACGUAAACCAGCACCAGUUUUCGAAGAGUUCAAAGAACCAACUGAAGAGGAAAUUGCCAAUCGGCCUAAAUUAAAACUUUUGCCUCGUACCAAACCUACCCCAGUCAAUGAUUUAGCAGAGACUAAAGACCGAGACGCCAUUUUUGGAGGCGCCAAACCUAGAGACGAAAAAGUCUACGAAGAGAGACGAAGAAAAGAGUCCGAAAAAUCAGAAGAUAUAGCGUCCAAUUAAUGGAUUGCUCCAGUUCACUCACAACCAUCAACCGUUGAUUGCGCUUUAUAAACGCUACACUCAGACUUUACAAUUUCUUCACAAUUCUUUCUGUUGCAUGGAUGAUAUCGAUAAUAAAACCAUUAAAAAUCAGUAAUUUAUCAUGUAUAAAAGAACACCAAACCAGCCAAAACAAACCAGCACAUCAACAUCAGCAAACAAACCAACUGUUUCGACCGAAGAGUUAAAAGAACUUAUUUCUUCCGCAAUUCCCAUUGCCAACGGUAAAAAUUAGCUUGUUACAUAAAAAAUUGAAGAUUGAAGAAUGAGGAGAUAAUAUUCUUGCAGUGUAUUCUACAUGUAAAUCUUCAUCUUCUAUCUCAUUUCGUCUUCAUUUUUUCGAAAUGAAUAUUUAUUCUUUCAACUCUUUUUUGUUAGUUCUUUUUCUCUUCUAGAAUUUGCUUUCUUACUUUUCUCUUUCUUUUUUUUCUUGUGCCGGUGUAUCACUGGCGAAUUAAAUUUUCACCUCACUAUCUGAUCAACAUGUCUUGUUUUUCUAGAAUGCUAUUGGUUUUGUCUGAAAAACCUGAUCACAUUUCUAACCCAUUCAACAUUUACUCAUCUCACCUUCAUCCAAAAAUAGUCUGACAAAUCAUUAAAUGAAUGACCUGUUGAUUAAAAAAAAGCAAAUCAUUUAGACAGUUGAAAAAAAAUAAUAUUUUCCCAAAGUCGCUAAACCAUCAACUCUCAAGAUCUUUUUGUCAAUUUGAUAUUACUGAACUAACUUUAAAUGUUGUUUCAAGUUAACCAUUAUUAAUGCAAAAAUUGAACUUUCUCUAUAUCAGAAUGCAAAUCUUUGACAAAACGAAAAUCUAUUCAUAAAUUGUCAACUUCAGUAUGGAAUAAAUCUAAAUUAUUAAUUUUA